AUGCGUGAAGAUAUUCAAUGUCUCCGUGGUUUGGCUAUAAUUUCAGUUGUAUUAUAUCAUUUAUUUCCAAAUAUUUUACCAAAUGGUUAUCUUGGAGUUGAUAUAUUUUUUGUGAUUUCUGGAUUUUUGAUGUCACAAAUAUUAUCAAAACAACAAGAAAAUGGCCAGAAUAAAUUGAUGAAAAUAGUUGAUUUUUAUUAUCGGCGAAUGAAAAGAAUAUUACCAAUCUAUUAUUUUGUUAUAUUUUUAUCGACAUUUUUGAAAAUCUUUUAUCAAGCUGAUAUUUGGUGGCCACAAAAUGAUGAAUAUUCAAAAUAUUCUUUGGAAUUUCUAACAAAUCAUAAAAUACUUCAAGAUCAAACAAAUUAUUUCAAUCAAUAUAAUAUUGAUGUUGUUACUUCUCGUAAUUUAUUUCUUCAUUGUUGGUCACUUUGUGUUGAAAUACAAUUUUAUAUUAUUAUUCCUUUUAUUUUUAUUGCAAUUAAUUUAUUCGAAAAUGUUGAUUUCAAAAAAAUCAUAGUUAUUGGAAUAUUUUUCGGAUCUUAUUCGAUUACUUUUAUUUCUGUCGAUCCAAAUUUCACAUUCAAUUUUAUGCCGGCUCGAAUUUGGCAGUUUUCAAUUGGAAUUUUGGCACAAAUGUGGUUAAAUGAAUUGAGAAGCAGGGAGAAAUGUGCAGAAGGUUAGUUUGAAAAAAGUGUAGAUAGUACUAUUUGCCAGUCCUCAGUUCAAACUACUUUAUAAAGACCAUGUUUUUUUUCAGAAAAAUCGAGCAUUGCUAAUUCAAACACAGUAAUUCAACUAAAAAUAGUAAUGCAAUCUUCAAUAAUCCUAGUUUUUCUUCCAAUUCAUAUCAAUGAAAAUAUAAUUCGAUUAAUUAUUACAUUAAUUACUGGAUUCAUAAUAUUUGAAAACAACGAAAAUAUCAAAUAUCCAUAUUGGUUAAUUUAUAUUGGAAAUGCUUCUUAUGUUAUUUAUCUUGUACAUUGGCCAAUUAUUACUAUGUUUUCAUCAAAUUUAUCAACAUUCACUGUUAUUUGUAAGUGAUAUAUGUUUUCCAACUUUAAAAAAUUCCCUUUUUUCAGAUCUCAUCAUAAUAACUUCUAUAAUCUUACAUCAUAUUUUCGAGAAAAUUCUCUUACAAAACGGGAAAAUCACAAUAGUCCUAGUGACCGCUUUCAUCCUAGCUUUAAAUAUUGGACUUCAUUUAACUCUUAAAUACAAUCCACCUCAAAAAUCAUAUCCAAUUGAAUACAAUUCAACGAUUAUUGAAAACUUUGACAAUUUACAAAAACGUAUAAAUUGGAUGUCACCAGAUUGUCAAAGUGUAAAGAUUCCCGAAUUUCCAAAAGGAUUUUGGUUCAAAUUUGGAAGAUGUAAAUUUGCAAAUGGAAAUGGAAAAAAGAAAAUUAUGGUUAUUGGAAAUAGUUAUACAGUUAAUUUAAUUCAACCAAUUAAAGAAGCUUUUGAGGGAAAUUAUUCAACAUUUGAAAUGGUUGGAAUUACUUGUAAGUUAUUUUUAUUUGAAUGAAGUUUCAAAAUUAAUUUUUCAGCCAAUUUCGGAAUUUUUUACAACGACGAAGAUGAUUCGGAGUUAAAGCUGACACUAACACGAAAAUAUGUGAAAGAAGUUAAACCAGAUAUUCUAUUUAUAAUAACUCGUGUUUCGAAACAAGAAAAAUCUCGAAUUUUCGACCACAAAACUGAUGACGUCAUUUUGCAAUACAACGACAAUAUUAAAUUCUACGAGAAUCUCGUUGACAAAAUCUAUAUUCUUGGUGCAUUUCCAGUCGUCACCCACAAUUUUAUCUAUCAAUUCAUUGAUAAAUUAGAACUCGAUGUUAGUCGAGACAAAUUACAUGAUUUUCGAAUUUCUGAAAAUGAUAUGGAAGAAAGUAUUAGAUUCUCCAAAGAUCGUUUCAAUUCUAUUCAAUGUCGUAAAUGUGAAAUUAUGGAUAUGACAAAAGUUUUUAUGAGAAAUAGCUAUUUUUAUGGAUAUGACGAUGUAACUUUAUUAUCCUAUUUCGAUAAUGAUUUACAUUUUACAAAGACCGGUUUGGAUAAAAUUCGACCAUUUUUUGAAGAAAUUGUGCAAAAUAUUACUUUAAUUUAA